AUGGAUUAUUUGCAGCUGCCAGAAAGCACCACAGAAAAAUCUACACCUGGUGGGCAGAUUUUGGCAGAGAGUAAACAGAGAAGCUCCUCUGACAAUAUCAACUCUCCACCAACAAGUGACAACACCUGCAUACCCAAGGACUUCAGCUGCAUAUACAACAAAGAUCUACUCCCUGCUCUCAGUGGUGAGGACACAACCAAAAGUUUCUUCCAAGAGCUGGUGAACAUUCUCCUCAGCUAUGUCUGCAAGUCGUUCAGACGGAGCUCCAAAGUCCUGGACUUCCACCACCCUCACCAACUCAGAGAGGGCCUGGAGGGCUUCAGUCUGGAGCUCCCAGACCAGCCCGAGAACCUGGAACAACUCCUGGUUGACUGCAGGGAUACCUUGAAGUAUGGAGUCAAAACAGGUCACCCACGCUUCUUCAAUCAGCUGUCAUCAGGGCUGGAUGUCAUCGGUCUGGCCGGGGAAUGGCUGACGUCUACCGCCAACACAAACAUGUUUACAUAUGAAGUGUCCCCAGUGUUCAUUCUGAUGGAGGAAGUUCUACUGAGGAAGAUGCAGGAGAUUGUGGGUUGGUCAGAGGAAGAGGGGGAUGGGGAUGGGGUUUUCUGUCCAGGUGGGACCAUGUCCAAUCUGUACAGUGUACUGCUGGCCAGAUACCACUUCUUCCCUGAAGUGAAGACCAAAGGGAUGACUGCUCUGCCCAGGCUAAUCCUCUUCACAUCAGCACAUAGUCAUUAUUCAGUCAAGAAAUCUGCAGCAGUUCUUGGGAUAGGAAGUGAAAAUGUUGUGCUGGUGAAAUGUAAUGACCGGGGAAAGAUGAUCCCUGCAGAAUUGGAGUCAAGUAUCAUUACUGCCAAAGAUCAGGGUUGUGUCCCAUUCUACGUCAAUGCCACAGCAGGCACCACUGUGUACGGAGCCUUUGAUCCUCUCAAUGCCAUCGCAGACAUCUGUGAGAGCCAUGGACUCUGGCUGCAUGUUGAUGCAGCCUGGGGCGGAGGACUGUUGAUGUCCAAGCGGCACCGUGUGAAACUACAAGGGAUUGAACGAGCCUGGUCUGUGACUUGGAACCCUCAUAAAAUGAUGGGUGCUCCGCUGCAAUGCUCAGCCAUACUGGUGAAGAAAAGGGGCCUCUUGAAAGACUGCAAUCAGAUGUGUGCUGAAUACCUUUUCCAAACUGACAAGCACUACGACACCUCUUAUGACACCGGAGACAAGACCAUUCAGUGUGGCAGGCACGUUGAUGUCUUCAAGCUCUGGCUCAUGUGGAAGGCCAAGGGUUCAGAAGGCUUUGAAUCACAGGUCAAUAAAUGUUUGGAAAAUGCUGAGCACUUGUUCGACAAACUCAAACAAAGACCAGACUUUGAACUCGUCUUCAAAAGCAAACCUGAACACAGCAACGUGUGCUUCUGGUACAUCCCACCAAGUCUGAGGAACAUGCCACCAGGUUCUGAGAGGAACAGGAGACUCCAUGAGGUGGCACCAAAGAUCAAAGCCAAGAUGAUGGAGCAGGGGAUGGCCAUGAUUGGUUAUCAGCCGCUCGGAGACAAAGUUAACUUCUUCCGAUGUGUCUUCUCCAACCCGGCCACACAGACAGAGGAUGUGGACUACCUCUUGGAGGAGAUCGCUGCUCUUGGUCAUGACAUGCAAUAUGCAUCAGGAUUGAGACCAAUUUGUGAAUCAGGUUUGAGACCACUUUAUGAAUCCGGUUGUGGCUCAGAUUAA